AUGGCCUAUCGCCGUCAACCUACUUCCACUACGACUAACUCGCCAUCUUAUCCGUAUUCCAACGCCGCGGCUCAUCACAGCCAACAACCUUCCCUUUCCGGUCAGAGCAUUCAAGACGACCCCGCCGCCGCUUCACCAACAAUGCGUAAGCGCCAACGCACGGACCUCAAUUUGACAAAUCCUGUCAUUGCGGAUCCUCAACAGCAACCCCCGCCACCGGCUAAUCAACAACCUCACCCGCAUCUCCCACAACCAGUACAACAACCAGGCGUACCAGAAGAUGGUUUUAUUCACGAUCAGGAUGCUGCUGAGAGUGGUGGAGACGAUGAUGAUGAGGAGGAGAAACCCAAGUCAGACAAGAAGGCAGGAAGGCGAAAGAUUAAGAUCGAAUUUAUUCAAGAUAAAUCGAGACGUCACAUAACAUUCUCCAAAAGGAAAGCUGGCAUCAUGAAAAAGGCAUAUGAGCUUUCUACACUCACAGGCACUCAAGUCCUUUUACUCGUCGUAUCAGAAACAGGUCUCGUUUACACUUUUACAACCUCAAAGCUUCAACCUCUUGUCACUCAACCAGAGGGCAAGAAUCUCAUUCAAGCAUGUCUCAAUGCCCCUCAUGGUUCGCUUCCAUCUGCAAUGCCAGUCGGUACGCCUAUAGGUCGUGCGUCUGGACCAAUGUCUUUGCCUGGCCCUGGAAGUACUAACCUUCCGGGAGGGCUUGCUAUUCCAGGUGGUCCCGUUGGUGGCCCUCAAAGUGCCACGAAGGAGGACGGCGACGAUGAAGCUGAGGAGGAGGCCGCUCGCGGUAAUCGCGCAGCCGCAGCCGGAGACAAGCGUCGUCGCCGUCCAUCGACAACUGGCACCGGACCUGGUCGUGCUGGACCUGGAUCGCCGCAGACUCCGAAUAGUACCAUCCCACCUCCCCUUUCAAUUCCAGCUGCCUCUCAACACCAGCAGCCACAGGCACCGCCUCCGCCACAAAUAUCACUUGGCUCUCCGACGAGUCCUCAGCAACAACAUUCUCAAGUGCCUCAAUCGCCUCAGUACGGAGCAUCUCCAACUGGGGCAUACGGUACGCAUGCACAACAUCAUGGACAUCAUGCGCCUGGUGCCGGUCAUGCUGGAAGCCCAACAGACCCUGGAAUGUACGGCGGUCACAUGGGCUUACCUCCUCCGGGUACCUACUCAUACCCUGGUCCUGGUGGCCCUGGAGGGCAGGGUGGACAACCUUUAGGUGGACUAGCUGCUGCUGCGGCGCAGCACUCACAUUGGGCCCCGCCCCCGCCAGUUAGUCAGGGAGGGCAUUAUGGGCGAAGAUGA